UCCUCCUUCUUCUUGUCACAUUUUCCAACAUGGCGGCCUCCAUGGCGCGGACCUGCCGUUACACAUCGCGGCAUGGAUCCUGUAUUUUGCCAAGGUUAACGAGUCUGUGCCUCACAUUCAGGUCUAAGUUUCACUGUUCUCCCUCUGCACAUACCGGACUGCUCUUUUCUUUGAAUAAACGUGGUGUUCUGAAGGAAUCCUUCCCUGAAAACGCAGCCCAGGACCAGCUCCCCCGGCUGCUCCAGUCCGGUGCUCAGACUGUUUACUGCGGCUUUGACCCCACUGCAGACAGCCUCCAUGUGGGCAACCUGCUCGCUAUCAUCGGCCUGCUUCACUUCCGAAACGCCGGGCACCAUGUCCUCGCUUUGCUGGGAGGGGCCACGGCACAGAUCGGGGACCCGAGUGGGAAAACCAGCGAAAGGGAGAGGCUGUCCGUGGGAACUGUGGAGACGAACACUCACAGCAUCCGAGACAGCCUUCAGAGGAUUUUCACCAACCAUGAACUGCACUUUAAAGACGGCUCCAGGACGCUAGGGACUUUUACUGUGCUCAACAACCAGAGCUGGUACAAGGACUGGAAGGUGGUGGACUUUCUGUCAGAGGCUGGGAGGCACUUCAGGAUGGGCACCAUGCUGAGCCGACACAGCGUGCAGUCCAGACUGAAGAGCUCAGAUGGGAUGAGUCUGACUGAGUUCACCUAUCAGGUGUUCCAGGCUUAUGACUUCCAUCACCUGAACCAAGUAUACGGGUGCAAGAUCCAACUCGGGGGUACUGACCAGCUGGGCAAUCUAAUGUCUGGACAUGAGUUCAUUCACAAAGUGAGUGGGGAGGAGGUGUACGGCCUGACCAUCCCACUGGUGACCAGCUCUAUCGGGGACAAACUGGGGAAGACAGCAGGCAACGCUGUGUGGCUCAACAGAGACAAGACGUCUCCCUUUGAGCUCUACCAGUUCUUCCUCCGGCAGCCUGACGCCAGUAUGGAGGGGAACCUGAAGCUGUUCACCUUCCUGCCUCUGGCGGAGAUCGAGAGGCUAAUGGAGCAGCAGAGAGAAGACCCAGCAAAACGGCUUGCACACAAACGACUGGCUGCAGAGGUGACCAAACUGGUGCACGGAAAGGAAGGACUCGAGAGUGCAAAGAGGUGUACCAAAGCUCUGUACCACAGCAGCGUGGAGGCUUUGGAGGAGAUGAGUGACGAGGAGCUGCAGGAGCUUUUUAGGGAGGCUCCCUUUCAUGAGCUGCUGUUAGAGCCGGGAACCACAGUGAUCGACGCCUGCCGCAAGGCUGAUGCCAUCCCAAGCGGGCCCAAAGGGUAUCGAAUGGUCUCAGAGGGGGCGGUGUGGAUCAACCACAAGCGGACAGAAAAUCCAGAGCAGGUACUGAUCCCCAAACUCCACAUUCUAUCCAAUGGACUUACCUUGCUCAGAGUGGGAAAGAAGAACUUCUACAUCAUCAAGUGGCUCAGUCUAUGAGACUGUCAAACAGACUGAGACUGAGAAGAACCGGUUUGACCUAUGAUGGACUAACUGGAAGGAAGGUAGGGGACUACACCUUUGCAGGCUCAAUGAGGAGACAUGGAUGGACUGGUGUUUUGGAACAUUCUGCGUUUCGCUUUUGUUCAAACCCUUAAUGAUUGCCUUUAGUUGUUACAUAAAUAUUCAUAUGUACAUAUGUGGAAUUAAUCUAAAGCUAUGAUAUUAAAAAGCAUUUGAUAUAAA